UGCGAUUGGCCGGGGCUCGGGACCGGCUGCCGGCGUGCGGGCCUGGCUCGGGGCGCGAGGACCGAGCGGGGCGGCGGGGUCGCGAGCCGGGGGGAGGGGCCGGGGCGGUGGCGGCGGAGGAGGUGGCGGUGGCGGCGGCGGGGGCCGGUACUGGACCCGGCGGGAUGAGCGAGGCGGAGGCGGCAGCGGUGGCGACAGCGACCCCCGCGGCGACGGUGCCCGCGACGGCUGCGGGGGUGGUCGCGGUGGUGGUGCCGGUGCCCGCGGGGGAACCACCGAAAGCAAGCGGCGGGGCGGGCGGCGGCGGGGCGGGCGGCGGCGGGGUCGGAGCCGCCUCGGGCCCCGCUGCUGGGACCCCCCCUGGGCCGGGCGCCCGCACCCCUGGCACCCCGGCGACGGCGGCCUCGGGGACCCCCGCGCCCCCGGCCCGGAGCCAGGCGGACAAACCGGUGCUGGCUAUCCAAGUCCUGGGCACUGUCAAGUGGUUCAACGUCCGGAAUGGUUACGGAUUCAUCAACAGGAAUGACACCAAGGAGGAUGUCUUUGUUCACCAGACAGCUAUUAAAAGAAACAACCCCAGGAAGUUUCUGCGCAGCGUUGGAGACGGGGAGACGGUGGAGUUUGAUGUCGUGGAAGGAGAGAAGGGUGCAGAAGCUGCUAAUGUAACUGGGCCUGGGGGGGUGCCAGUGAAGGGCAGCCGCUAUGCCCCCAAUCGACGUAGGUUCCGCCGAUUCAUCCCCCGGCCUCGCCCAGCUGCCCCACCACCCAUGGUGGCAGAGGCUCCCUCAGGCGGGACAGAACCAGGCAGUGAAGGGGAGAGGGCUGAAGACUCUGGGCAGCGGCCCAGACGACGGCGCCCACCACCAUUCUUCUACCGAAGGCGCUUUGUGCGAGGCCCUCGGCCCCCCAACCAGCAGCAGCCUAUAGAGGCCACCGAUGGGGUGGAACCCAAAGAGACAGCCCCAUUGGAGGGGGACCAACAGCAAGGAGAUGAGCGCAUCCCCCCACCCAGAUUCCGGCCCAGGUACCGAAGGCCUUUCCGCCCCAGGCCACCCCAACAGCCUACUACAGAAGGUGGGGAUGGUGAGACCAAACCCAAUCAAGGCCCCACUGAUGGUUCCCGGCCUGAACCCCAGCGCCCACGAAACCGCCCCUAUUUCCAGCGGCGACGGCAGCAACCUCCUGGACCCAGGCAGUCCACAGCCCCAGAGACCUCAGCCCCUAUCAACAGUGGGGACCCCCCCACCACCAUACUGGAGUGAUUCCAACUCAAAAGGAUACCCAGAGCCACCAUCUGGUAUCUGCCAGUUUUUCCAACUGACCUGUACCCUACCCAGCACCCCUCCCCUUUUCCUCUUCAGGACAUCUAACACCGGCUUUCGCCCCUUUUCCUUGAGACUCAGGAGGGCCCAAACAACAGCCUUUUGCUUUUUUCCCCCUCUCCCCGACCGAGGGCUGAAGGGAAGGGAUCCAUCUUUGUCAGAGGCACCAACUCCCACCCCUAUAUAAGGCUGAGAAGGAAGUAGCCAGCUCUUACCUCCUCCUGGUGGUUUUCCUUUCCCACCCCAGUUUAUUUUUUGUUUUCCUCCUACCCCCUACCUCUGAAGCCAUUUUAUGAACUGUCAUGUGCCACCUGAGCCUCCAGUAAAAACAAAAACAGGC